AUGGCUGUCAUCGCUAUCCAUCGGUGGCGUAGUGUCACAUCCCGUAUGACUAUCAGCUCGUGUUCAAAGAGAUCGCUUUGGAUUACAAUAAUCAGUACAUGGGUUCUGUCCGCUCUGAUGGCCAUUCCCCUCUCCAUGUAUAACCAAACCCAAGAAUACGGAAAGAUAGCGAUCGUGAUCUCAAGACAAGGAAAAAUCGCUAAUCUAAGAGAACCGGGAGAUCAGUUGAGUGGUUGGAUAUGCAGAAAAAACCUCUGA